AUGGUUAGUUAUGCUGGUAAGCUGGUGCUAGCCCCUAUGGUUCGGGCCGGAGAGCUACCCACGAGGCUUUUGGCUUUGAAGCACGGAGCAGAUUUGGUUUGGGGACCUGAAAUAGUGGAUAAGAAGCUUAUCCAAUGCCGAAGAGAGAUAAACGAGGCUCUAAAAACUGUUGAUUUUAUCAUAGGGAACAAAGAAGAGGGUAAGUCACCCGUGGUCGUGUUCAGGACUCUCCCGGAGGCUGAAAGUGGUAAACUUAUUUUCCAGCUGGGCACAGCGUCGCCUUUACUGGCCGUAGAGGCUGCAAAUAUAGUCAUCCGGGACAUCGAUGGGAUCGAUGUUAAUGCUGGGUGUCCGAAGCACUUUUCGAUCCAUUCUGGCAUGGGUGCAGCGUUGUUGAAGACUCCCGAUACGUUGUGCAGCAUACUGGAGGCGCUGGUGGAGAAGGUUGGAAAGCCGAACAACAAGCCGAUUAGUGUGAAGAUUAGAUUAUUAGAGGACGAGAGGUCUACUCUCGAGCUUGUGAGCAAGCUGUGCAAUACCGGGAUCAGUAAUCUGACCGUUCAUUGCAGGACUACUCCGAUGCGUAACAGAGAAAUGCCUAUCCGAGACUAUCUUCCUGGUAUUCACAGUAUAUGCCGGGAACGGAACGUUUCCCUGAUUAUGAACGGUGCCAUAGAAAGCAGGGCCCAGUUCAUGGCUGUUCGUAAGGAACUGCAACUACCAGAAGACGUGGGAGGCAUGAUCGCUGAAGCGGCAGAACAAAACGCUACAGUGUUCUCUGAAUCGCCGUUACCGUGGUAUGCCGCAGUGAAGGAGUAUUUGGCUAUUGCCAGGAAUGUUGGUCAUGUUAUGAACGUUAAGUUUAUGCUGGGAAGAAUGAUCCCGGGUAAAUCACCCUUCUACAAUUAUUUUACCCGCUGUAAACGGAUAGAGGAGAUAGAAUAUGUUAUGAAGCAUAUGGAUGAGAAAGGAGGAUGUACUGAAGAUCUCUCGGCGUACCUGGAACAAUGCAGGAAAGAGGAUAAGAAGAGCGCAGAGAAGUUAAAUGCUGCCAAGGCGAAAAGCGGUGCCAAGGCGAAAAAUGGUAGCAAGAAGCGGCCGAUCAAGGAGGACACGAUAAAUGGCGACGAAGGUAAAAAAAUGUCUAGAGUGAACGCAUAG